UCAGACAUUCUAAAGGUUAAGGUCAUUUGAACCGCAGAACGUGGUGGUUGACAAUCAAAUCUGUUAGCUUUAUUUCUUGUUAUACUACAAUGGAGAGUUACAAACCAUUCCCCCAUAUUGGUACUGAUGCUACUCAUGCUGGACAGGAUCCUGACAAGUGGAAGUGUAGAGCUGUCGUUCCUCUGAUUUCCAUGUCGACAACCUUCAAGCAGUCAGCACCUGGUGAACAUUCAGGAUUUGAAUAUUCUCGAAGUGGUAAUCCUACCAGAAACUGUCUUGAAGAGUGUAUAGCUAAGUUAGAAGGGGCUAAGCAUGCUAUGGUGUUUGCGUCAGGAUUAGCCUGUACAUCAGCUAUUACACAUAUGCUACAGGUUGGAGACCAUAUAGUCAGCAUGAAUGAUGUCUAUGGAGGAACCAACCGUUAUUUUAAGCAGUGUGCCUCCAGGAUGGGUAUAGAAACAUCAUUUGUAGAUUGUACUGAUGCAAUGAAAGUCCAGAAAGCAAUCAAAGCCAACACAAAAAUGGUAUGGGUUGAAACACCCACCAAUCCCACAAUGCAGUUGGUUGAUAUAGAGGCUGUUGUAAAUGUAGUACGAGCUACCAAACAGGAUAUCUUUGUAGUGGUGGAUAAUACCUUUAUGUCAUCCUGUAUGCAGAGACCAUUAGAUUUUGGAGCUGAUAUAGUGAUGCAUUCUUUAACCAAAUACAUGAAUGGUCAUUCCGAUGCUGUAAUGGGAGCCUGUGCAACAAACAGUGAUGAAAAGUGUGAGAGACUAAGAUUUUUGCAGAAUGCUUUUGGACCAGUCCCUUCGCCAUUUGAUUGUUUCUUGGUUAACAGAGGAUUGAAAACUUUACAUGUUAGAAUGAAGGAGCACAUGAAGAAUGGUAUAGCUGUAGCAAAAUACCUAGAAAAACACCCUAAUGUUGAAAAAGUCAUCCAUCCAGGCCUACAGUCACAUCCACAACAUGAACUAGCCAAAAGACAAAUGAGAGGGACCAGUGGUAUGGUUACUUUCUUUAUCAAAGGAGGACUAGAGAAUUCUAAAGCUUUCCUUCAAAAUCUCAAGGUUUUCACCCUAGCUGAGAGUUUAGGAGGAUUUGAAAGUUUAGCUGAACUUCCGUCUAUAAUGACACAUGCCUCUGUACCAGAAUCAGAAAGAGCGGAGUUGGGAAUUUCAGACCAACUUAUACGUCUGUCUGUAGGAAUUGAAGAUGAAGAAGAUCUAUUAGAAGAUUUGAAACAAGCUCUUAAGGCAGCUUCAGUGGUAUAAACCUUUUCUUAACAACUUGGGGGAACAGAUCAGCAUUCCAUAGUAUACUUUUGUGGACUAUUUAUGUUUUAAUAUUGAUUUAUUAUCAUUACUGAUUUUUUGAAGUAUUAUCUUCCAGAAAAACAUUUAAUUAUAUUGGCAAUCAUGCAAGAUGGAAAAAGUUCUCUUUUGGUAAAAUAGUAUAUAGUGCUAAGUUUUGUUAUACUUUAGUCCCUAAUCUGUGCUAUACUGUUAUACUUUAUCAUUGUAUGGGUUGUGUCACUUUUUAAGAACAGAAAAUUAGAUGUUUGUUUCUGUUUGAAAUAUUCAUAUUUUUAGAAUUGUCUUUAGACCAAUGUUAUUUAAAUCUUAUGAGUAAGAGGAUCUGUAAAGGUUAUAUCAAAUGUGAUUGCAACCAAAUGACAAUCUUGAAAUGUAUGAACAAAAUCAAGAGUUUUGUUUGUAUUUUUUUUUUUUAUAAAACCUCAUUUUAGUGAAAUUAUUUUCACUAUUCUAAAUAAAUGCAAUCACAUUUGUACCUAAUUUUUUUUUGUAAGAAUCUCACACUUGUUAUAAGUGGUUUGUUUGCUGAUCUAUUUAGCAACUUGAGCAAUUGUUUAUCAAAGUAUGUAAUGAUUUCUACAAGUCUAAUUGCAUAAUUUACACUAAAAAGUGCUAGAAUUGUCUUAGUUAUUGUAUUUAAAAAAUGUUUUAUUCAAACAUAAAAUUUGUAUUUAAUCUGAUUAUUCUACACUGCCUAUUGUUCUAAGGGGCCACUCUUCUGUCAUUCUGAAAAGUGUAUACAUUUUGCUUUUUGUCUGAUAUUUCUGUAUAACGAAAUAUGUGGGUUGUGUUUUUCUUUGUAAAAAUGUUUAUUAUUCAAAAAUAAGUCUUGCAACUUCAGUAGAUACCAAACAAAUUGUUGCUUUGUAAUAUAUUUAUAUAUACUGUGUAUAUGUUUUAUAUAUACUGUGUAUAUAUGACUUUAUGUUAUUUGAUAACAACAAUAGCAAAGAUUCACAGGAUAAGUUUGACUAAUAAUUGCUACCAACUUGACAACAUUUCCUGAAAGAUAAGAUAUCUGCAAAUUAUUAAAAAAUUGAAUAUAAACAUUUGUAUGUUAGAGACCUUUUACACAGUGUAUUAAAAAUUAGCUUUGUAAACAAGUUUUGGGAAUACAAUUAAUGAAAUCAG